AUGAUUUCCAUCAUCUUACCGGCGCUUUUGAACCAGCUUCAGGAACAUACGCUUCGCUCCGUCACUGCUCUUCUCCUCAGCAUCCCGUUAACGUAUGUUCUUAUCAACGAAUAUGUACGGCGGGCCGCCCGCGUGAAGGGCUUCUCUGGUCCCUUCAACUGGCCAGUGGUCGGUAAUAUCCCCGACAUCAAGUACAAUGCGGCCGAGAAAUAUAGAGAAUGGAGCAGGGUCUACGGAGAUGUAUAUCAGAUACAGCUGGGGAACGUUCCGGUGAUUGUUGUAAAUAGCGCCGAGGCGGCGAGGAAGAUCUUUGGGCAGAACAGCCAGGCGUUGAGUUCCAGGCCUGUAUUUUGGACGUUUCACAAGGUGCUCUCGAACACGGCCGGAACGACGAUUGGAACCUCGCCGUUCAAUGACUCCCUGAAGCGCCGACGAAAGGGCGCUGCAUCAGCGCUGAACAAGCCGUCAAUCGCAACGUACAUCGACCACCUCGACAUCGAGACGAAGGACUUUGUGAGGGAGGGGUUCGAGAACGGGCGAGCUGGCACUGUCGGCGUCGAUCCGAUGCCAAUGAUCCAACGACUGUCCCUGUCUCUUUCGCUGACGCUGAACUGGGGGACGCGGAUGGGCAGCCGGGACGAUCCAAUGUUUGAUGAGAUAACGGAGGUCGAGGAGGCCAUUUCCAAGUUCCGAAGCACUACGGGGAACCUGCAGGACUAUGUUCCGAUUUUGAGGCUCAAUCCGUUUAGUUUUGGAUCUCAGAAGGCGCGCGAGAUGCGAAGGAGACGGGACGUGUACCUGCACCGAUUGAAUAAGGACCUGGACGAGCGUAUGGAAAAGGGGAUCCACAAGCCGUGCAUCCAAGCCAACGUCAUCUUGGACAAGGAGGCAGCGCUGAACAAGGAGGAGUUGACAUCUAUCAGCUUGACUAUGCUUUCGGGAGGAUUGGACACCAUUACCACGCUGGUGCAGUGGAGCGUCGCGCUGUUGGCCCAGAGACCGGACAUCCAGAGGAAGGCUAUCGAGGAGAUGCGCAAGUUCUAUUCGGACGAGGAACCGCUGUGCGAUGCGCAAGACGACCAGAAGUGCGAGUACGUGGCCGCGCUGGUGAGGGAGUGUCUGAGAUACUAUUGCGUUCUCCGACUCGCGCUCCCGCGGGCCACGGUCAAAGAUAUCUUCUACGAAGGGAGGCUGAUCCCGGCCGGUAGCACGAUCUACCUGAAUGCGUGGGCGUGUAACAUGGACCCGAAGGUUUGGCGCGACCCGGAGGCGUUCCGGCCGGAGCGGUGGAUUGAGCAGCCGGAUGCGCCGCUGUUCACGUACGGGCUCGGAUACAGGAUGUGCGCUGGGUCGCUGCUUGCGAACAGGGAGCUGUAUCUAACCUACAUGCGCAUGCUGAACAGCUUCGAGAUCCUGCCGGAUUCGCAGGUCGAGACGCACCCCGUGAAGGGCAGCGCGGAUCCAACGAGUUUGGUGACCAUGUGCAGGCAUUACAAGGUCAUCUUCAAGCCCCGGAACGAGGCCGCUCUCAGGAGAGCGCUGAGGGAGGCCGACGAGAAGCUUGGAAGCGCGACGUAG